AUGGUUUGUAUUGUCCUUGGCGCCAACCCCCCAUUUGUAGUAUUUGAAGGAUUUAUAAAUAAACUAUGGGGAAAACUGGGUAUUGAAAGGAUAGCUCGAAUGAACGCCGGCUAUACCCUUGUGAAAUUUAGGGAUGAAGCCAUGCGUGAUAUGAUUUUGGAAGCUGGAGUCGUGCGCUAUGAUAGGAAGCCAGUAAUUCUGAGGCUAUGGUCUACUGAAUUUGACACAAUGAGGUUAGUGAAAUCUGUUCCUGUUUGGGUUAGGUUGCCUGGUCUUGGAUUGCAAUAUUGGGGAGUUAAGUGUUUGAGUGCCCUUGUUAGUACCAUUGGCAAACCUAUGCUGGUUGAUAUGCUUACCAAAGACAGAUCAAUGGUGAAAUUUGCAAGAGUUUUAGUAGAGGUGGAGAUUUCAGAUAAUGUUCCUAAAACUAUUAGUUUCCUUAAUGAGAGAGGCCAAUUGAUGGAACGUCUUCUGGAAUAUGAAUGGCUGCCUACUCAGUGUCAAGGCUGUAAAAUUCUAGGUCAUCCUGCAACGAAUUGUAAUCGAAAACAAGGAGCUGUGUGGAGGAAAAAAGAAAUGAAGCAAGGGCCAAAGCAAUCAGAAGAUAUGAUAGGUCAGACCAUUGUUGAACCCCCUACUGACUCAUGUCCAAAGGAAACUGACAGUGAUUUAAUCUUAGAUGAUACUCAGAAAUUUGCUGCAAAGGAGGUAUGUGUUACAAAACCUGGGCAGGAUUCAGAUUGGAUUACUCCUAAACGUUUAGGGGGAGUUAAACAGUCUGCACCAGCAACUCAGAAUUUGAUGAAGAAUUCAUAUAGUGCUUUGCAAGAUCGGAUAAUGGAGGUCACGAAUUUGGGACUAUCUACAACAAAUAUUUUCAAUGGAGGAUUGCAACAUACUUAA